CAGGAUAGACAUGGAGAACAAAAUCCUUUUUCUUUCAACCAACAAAAUUCUGCCAGAUCUCGUAGGAAAAAACUUGUGGAUUGAAUAAGUCAAAAAGUCUUGCGAUGUUUCUUAUCUUUACGCAGGACUUUUUCCAUGCUGACUCUACAUAAACUAUGCAGGGUUCUGUCAGGGCUGGUUGUAUAAAAAUCCUGCGUAAAGGUAAGAAACAUGGCCAGAUAUUUUAAUACCGAUAACCCGCGGGAUCCUGCAUGAAUUUUGAUUAUUUUUUUCAGUGGGUAGGCAUGGAACGGUAAAAUUUAUCGUUACCGUUUUACCGAUCUAACCAGUUUUUUCGUUAUUGCUUUUUCGGGUUUACCGUACCUUAGCGGUUUAACGUUUGAUAUAAAUGUAUAAGAAAAUCUAGUAGAAAGUGAGAUUAUUUAAAGAGUGUAUUGAUGUUGAUAUUUUAACGGUUUUUUAUUUCUUCUUUGACUUUUCUUUCUAUAUUUUAUCGGCUCAAAGAGUCAACAGAGUAGAUUGAAAUAGUGUUUUAAUUUCUUUCCCAUCAUUCAAAUAUGAGGUAUAUACAGUACUGCAGUCUAUCACUGCGUAUAGUGAAAAAAGAAACAGUAAGAGAAAGUUUAUAUGAGAGCUUGAAGUCGACUUUCUUGUCCAAUUUCUUGCAAGAUUCUUGUCUCCUGACAUUUCAGACAAGAAUCGUGUUAGAGUGGCCGGUCGCAAUUAGAACAUGGGAGUUUUACUGUGGAGUAUUUCUUUACUUUUUUAAAAGCAAAAUAUGUAAUGUUCCUUCGUCACGAAGAAUUGUAUGGUACUAUUUUUAUUGAAAACAGCCGAGGUCGGAUAGCUCAGGUCGUAUACGGCCGUAAAUGGUGAAAUAUGUCGAUUUACGGCGCUGAUACGGCACGUAUAUACGGUGAAAUACGGCAUAUAUUACUGCCGCCACGUUUACGAUCAAAUUACGGUCAUUUAGGUGCUGUAUUUCGCCGUAUAUGGGGCCGUAAAUCGACGUAUUUCACCAUUUAUGGCCGUUUACGGCUCACUUUCUACUAGAUUUUCUUAUACAUUUAUAUCAAACGUUAAACCGCUAAGGUACGGUAAACCCGGUAAAGCAAUAACGAAAAAACUGGUUAGAUCGAUAAAACGGUAACGAUAAAUUUUACCGUUCCAUGCCUAGUCACUGCGUAACAGCCAUUUUGUAUAUUAAGAAUCACCGACUCUUCCGCCAAUAGCUAAUAAUGUAUUAUUUUCUCUUUUUCUGUACUUUUUCUUUGAUUAAAAAGUAAUAUCUAAUUCAUAAUCUCUAAUAAAAACUGGAUCGAAAUUAUUAUUGGAUAAUUUCGUGUCCAGUAGUGGGGUUUACAAAUAGAUUUUACUGGACGUAGCCGCUAAAAAGAUUUUAAAAUAUCAGCUUGAUUGAAAAUUAAUUGCGUUUUUUUAGACUUAUCGAAGCUACAUCUUACCAACAGUGAUAUGAUAAGAUUUAUGUGGCAAAAUGAAGCUCGCGAAUUGCUGGUCAUUUUGUGAUAUUAUUUGUUUUGCUAUUUCUCUUUUUUCGAUAUAUUUUUAUGAGUCAAAUCUUAGAUCAUAAUGUUGGAAGAAAAUGAGCACAUUCGACACUGCAUGCUCUGAGUUCAAACUCGGAAGGAAAGCGACGGAGGCCACUAGGAACAUCGGUUCGGCUUGGGGUAAAGAUAUUCUGGCUGUUCGAACGUACCAAUGGUGGUUUGUGAAGUUUCGAUCGGGAGACACAAGCUUGGAAGACGAACCUGGGCGUGGACAUGUCAACGACUUCGAUCGUGAUGCCCUGCGUGCUGUCGUCGAAGCGAAACCUGAUCUGACGGAACGAGAACUGGCUGAGAGGCUCAAUUCUUUACAGAAUAUGUCGCAAGCAAGUGCUCCUGAUCUUCAAGUAACUGCAACUGAUCGUGUUGCACUUGUUACUGGUGCAGCCCGCGGUAUUGGUCGUGCCAUUGCACUACGUCUAGCUGGUGAUGGCUUUCAUGUAGCAGUGAAUGAUCUCUCAAAAAUGUCAGAUGAACUUGAAAAAGUCAAAUCAGAAAUUGAAUCACGUUAUGGCGAUAAUAAAUCUUGUAUUAUUUUCGCUGAUGUUUCAAAGCAAAAUGAAGUACGUGAAAUGAUUAAUAAAACAGUUCAAGAACUUGGACGACUUGAUGUUAUGGUUGCUAAUGCUGGUAUACUGUGGUCAGGUCCAUUUUUGGGAGCAACAGAAGAAGACUUUGAUCGAAUUAUGAAUGUCAAUGCUAAAAGUGUUUUCUUUUGCUAUCAAGAAGCUGCCAAACAGGUAAUCGUUUUUUUUCUUCCACUUUGA